GUUUCAAGCCGUAUAGCCCUGCGGAUGGGAUAGCUGGGAUGUAAGGACUACAACUCCCAUCGGGCCGUGCGCUGCCAUGGCUUUGUUCUUGCCUACCUCGGGUGCUAGUGGGAUAAGGGCAGCAAAGUUUCCUUGCCGGGCGCUGCAGCUGGAGUAUCAGAUCCUACUGCAAGAGUCGACGGGGCGAGGGGCUUGACGGAUGCUGGCACAUGCAGAGCCUCAUGGCUUGGGGACCGUACACUGGGCUGUGCGGGGUUUGCACCGACUCUGAGUCCAGACUCUCGCUGGGAUUCCGGUUGUUACAGUUUUUGUUUGUAAAUGUUAAGCAAGGAUCUGAUCCCUUCUCCUCCUCUCUCUGAUGAAAGAAUCUGGGACCAUCAUUUCUACAAUCAGUCGUUCAGGAAGUAAACAACCACUGAUACACCAUAAUUCAUCAUUUCCCCCAAUACUCUUCCAUUCCUCUUCUGAAGGAGAAGAAUAUUCCAGCACAGCUCUAUCUGGACAAAUAAACAGCUUCAGGGGAUAAACUACUUCCUUUUGUACAGCUGUGAGAGAGUGAGCCUGCAUUGCCCAUUGGCGCUAUGGAUAGAAGGUGUUAUGGCUGUGCAUCCAAGUUUACUGUCUUUAGAAAAGAGUGUGGAUGCAAGAACUGUGGACGGGCAUUCUGCUCAAGCUGCCUUGGGUUUAGUGCCAUUGUUCCCCGUUGCGGGAAUACUCAGCAGAAGGUGUGCAAGCAAUGUCAUGGAGAGCUAACCAGAGGAGUGUCUCAGACUAAAACAGCUAAAUGGUCUCCGCCAGAGAACUACAAAAAGCGUGUAGCAGCUCUUGAGGCCAAGCAGAAUCAGUGGAUGGGUCCACAGAAUGCCCCAGUGAAACCCCAAAGCCGGGCAGGCUCCAAGUAUCAGGGGCUGUCAAAGGAGGAUAGAGCUAUUGCAGAGAGGCUGGAGAGGCUCAAGGAGGAAACGAAGCCCAAGUCCAUCCCGUCUCAGGCAGAGAUAGAAUCUAGGCUUGCCGCACUGAAGGAUGACCCCAGGAAACCCGUUCCGUCUACACAGGAAAUGGAAGACCGUCUGGCUGCCCUUAAGGGAAGAACCCUUCCAUCCAAAACCCCCAAACCAGUGCACCAGCCCCCUGAUGUCAGAACCCACAUCCAACAGUCUGAUGACUUGUUAACCCAGCUGGCUGAGGAAGUUGCCAUUGAGGAGAGUUAUAGGCCAGAAGCCCAGCCUCAAGCUGUUAAUACCCAGACGCUGAAUGAUCUCAAUCGGAUAAGUGAGAGCAGCAUCGGUACUGCUGACCUGGACCCAAAACAGCUGGAGGAGGAGAAGAAUAAACUUCUGGCAGAGGCGGCUGCUGAGCUGAGGGAGGCCAACACUAGGGAGGAAAAGAUUCUAGAAGUUGCAAAGAGACUGGCAGUGCUCAGAGGCCAGGAUCCAGAGAAAGUUACUCUGGAAGACUACAAGCUCCCUGACAGUGAUGAGGAGCUGACAGAAGAAGAAGCCAUUCAGAGAGUCCUAAAACAGCUCACUGAGGAAGCAGCUCUGGAUGAAGCAAGCGGCUUCAACAUCCCUGCUGAUCAGGCCACCCGUCCAGCAACCUCACGGCAGUUCCUGCCCAAGAAAGCAAAGCUAAAGAACCAAAUCCCAGCAGCCACAGGUGGUACUAAGAAACCUAGCCGGAUUGCUACGGCAGAAGACAGUGAUGAUGAGGAGUUACCAUGGUGCUGUAUUUGCAAUGAAGAUGCCACGUUGCGCUGUCACGACUGCGAUGAUGAUCUCUACUGCCAGCGAUGCUUCCGUGAAGGCCAUGAUGAGUUUGACCGGAAGGAGCACCGCACAUCUAGCUGUUGUCCUCCUCGCAAGCAGAAAUGAGUCCAUGAGCUCUGGAAAGAGAAGAAGAUGGAAAACAUAGGUACAGAGGGAGAUGUCAAGAUGGGAAGAGUCCAAGAGAGCAUGCGCUUACUACCUAAACAGAGGGCCACUUGAACAAUUCAAAGAACCUCUGGAGUUCCAGAGAAGCUUGGCGAAAAUGUGACUCCCCUCCCCAAACAGCCAGGGAAACAUGGCUGGGAAUGAAGUGCAUACACGAGAGUUUAAGUCAGUGGAACAUCAGAAAUUGCAUGAGUUGAUCUAAAUGUAAAUUGCGUGAGUUUAAAUCAGGAGGCAUUUGAAUGAUGAUAAAGCAAGAGAAGGAGCAUGAAUUUAAGCCAUUGUAAGGCUGUGUGGUGAAUAAUUUCCUGCUUUUGCUAAUGAUUUACACAUUUGUUCAGAAAAGAUGACUAAGCAAAUUGAUUUAAGAAAAGAUAAAAUUCUCCAUCACUUGAUUAGAGUUGUGAUAAAAUUUCCCAGAGCAAUAAAGGAAUGUGUGUGGGGAAAUCUCUUGAGAAUUUCUGCAAUUAUCUUAC